AUGCGCGAGUGGAGCCAAUCACCAACCUUAAAUUUAUUACUCGAGAAUUGGGCGUGUCGGAAAUCGACCACUCAAGAGAUGCUAAAGGUCAACAGCGACUUACAGAUCCUGCUGCUGAACAUCAACAGUCUCCGUUUGUAUCUUCACGAUCUUUUUACCCUAGCAGACUCGUCGCACGCGUCGAUCAUGGUACUGAACGGAACCAGAAACCACGAGAACUCGAUGAAAGAAUUCAAAGCUCAUUUCUCAAAUUACCUCGUCUUCUCUCAACCUGGCACAAACUCAUUCGGUGGUGUACUUGUUGCGGUUCAUCGUUCAAUCCCGGUACAGAGGAUUACUUCUUUUGACCAUUUUCCUAAUCUUUUAGUCCUCGACAUUGGUAACCACCUGAACAGAUACCAAAUCGUCACUUAUUAUUCGCCGCCUGACGAACGUCUCCCCACGCAGCUAUUCGAAAAUAUAUUACAACGCAACUCGAAGACAAUUUUCCUUGGCGACCUCAACGCCAAACAUCGUUCUUGGUCGGAUACACCGGAAAACCAAAAAGGACACAUACUUUAUCGCUGGAUCGCCGAAAAAGAUCUACAAGUAGUCAACAAACUGAUCAGAACUUCUACGCGCUCGAAAGCCUGUAUUGACCUCAUCAUCACGCCAGUCGAAAUGCACACCGGCACCGUUUCGGCUCUAUCUUCUAUCGGCAGUGACCAUUUCCCGGUACUUUGGUCAUCCCCUUUAUCUUUGCCGGCCAAAGAUCGAAUCUACCCGAUUAAGCGCACUUAUUGGACAGUAUACGAAUUAUUCCUGAGCUGGUCGACCAACUACUGGGAGGAGUUGGAGGCAAAAAUGACCGACAAAAUCGAAUUCUUCUCUCUUUGCGAAAGAUUCCUGGCUCUGCUUGCCGCAAGAUCAUCAAACGUGACGUUCAGAAAAUCUUACAAACCAUCGAUCCCGCACAUAGCCUUAGAAUUAGUCAAAUGGAAACGUUACCUCCAAUUGAUCGUUAGAAAAACGAAACAUCCUCGAUUUAUCAUCGAACUCAAGCAAACGGCCCAAGAAGUCAAACGAAUCCUGUUUUUACACAAAAGAAACUGCUGGAAGGAAUACUGCAAGUCAUUUAAUUCGGACGACGUGAAACUGUUUUGGCGCAAAAUGAGUAACCAUUUCAAAUCCACGGCUCCGCCGAUCGAUGGUUUCCAUCAUAACAACCGCACAAUCUCGAAUCCCAAUGACAUGUGCGAACUUGCCGUGGAUUUUUACGAGGAACAAUUCGCCGCGCACCCUGUCACAAACUCGGAGCUGGAAACAGAAGCAGAAAAAGCUGACAAAGAACUCUUAGAAGAUAUCAACAGCUCAGCUACUUCGGUUCAAGACUUCAAGCUACUGGACGUGAAAAAAGCAAUUGCAGCGUUAAAAAACAAGAGUUCGUCCGGCGUCGAAGGUGUGUCAAAUAGAAUGAUUAAACUCAUUCCUACACCUCACCUUGUAUUCAUCACCAGGCUAUUUAAUCAAAUGGCUCGAUUGAGGAAAACACCAAAGCAUUGGCAGACUGCCAAGAUCAUCCUGCUGCCCAAAACCAAGUCCACCUACACCGAUCUUAACGACACGCGCCCGAUCUCGUUGCUGCCAUCUUUCUCGAAACUUUACGAGAAGUUAUUUCUCGUUCGACUGCGAAUUUGGAUCGAUGAAAACGGCAUAUUACCUGAUGAACAAACGGGUUUUAGACCGAAACACGAUAUGUCCACAAGAAUCAUAGCUCUUCUGGACCAACUUGGUCGCUGCCUAUCGCUUAACACGGCUGCUGCCGCGCUCUUCAUCGAUUACAAAGCCGCGUUUAAUCAGCUUUGGAUAGGCGGUCUAUGGCUGAAAUUACAAAGACUGAACUGUCCGACUGAACUUCACGCAUGGCUCAGAAACUACCUCUACGAACGGAACGCUUUCAUCGAAAUAAAGGGACAUCAAUCAAGGACGUUCCUACAGCACAAAGGCGUACCGCAAGGCUCAUGCAUUGGCCCGCGUUCACUCCAAGCAUCUUUACGCGGACGACAUGGCCGUGAUUUUCUCGCCCUCCCCGUACUGGUCCUCGAAAGUCACAAACAUCCGACUGGCCAAGCAGGUGGAAAGCACGAUCAACAGCCUGCACAGGUACUCCAUCGACUGGAAACAACCCAUGAACCUAAAGAAAACGUGCUGGACGCUCUUCCACCGCCAAAUAUCUCCAAAAAUCCCAACGGUCUAUUGUGGCAAUCACACAAUCGAACAAGUACCCAAGUUCAAGACACACUUCAACAACCAACUGGACACGAUUCUUCGCACAAACCCAGACAUCUUAGUCGAACAUCUACAACACCAAAUGCACCUGCUCUACUUGCGCGAAUAUUACCAGAAUCCGGCUCUACGCGCCAAGAAACAAUUGAUUGUCCCCAAUGGAAGAACCUCAAACAGAAUCAAGAACCUGUUAGCAUCGAAUGCGAAAAGUCUCCUCGACCUGGUCUUCAAUUUCAAUUAAAUACAAAUCACAAAUCGACAACUGUCGUCUCUCCAAAUGGUUUUUUUUUCGGAGCAAAAGGGACAAAUACUCAUAUCUGUGACUUUCGUGUUACUGAGGCACUCUUGAGAUUCAAUCUUGUGUACAGUUAUACUGGACAUCAAGGUGUUGAAUGUUUUAGAAUGAGAUUACAAAAAGAUCCAGUAGAAGAAUCGAGCUUUUGCAAAACUAACCUUGGUCACAAUGAAUUUGAUGUCAAAGGCGAGAAAUAA